GGCAGCAGUGGCACCCCCGCCGCUAUGGGAUGCGCUCACAGCAAGAUCCUUCCCGACUGCCCCAAGGGUGGCCACGUGGACUUCGUGAAGACGGCCACGAGCGGCGUCGAGAAGCAGCACAACAAGGAGGGCAGAACCAAGGGGGGCUCCAAGGACAAGCAGUUCGACGACCCGUGUCUGCUCAAAGCGGCGGCGGCGGUGGCCGGCGACGGCGGCAUCGGCGGCGAGUACAUCGACCCCUCGUCUCGCAAAGUGGCCAAAUUCCGCGCGAAAUUCGACGCGCGCGUCACCGCCAAGUACGACCUCAAGGCGCUGAUCGGCCGCGGCAGCUUCAGCAGCGUGGUGCGCGCCGAGCACCGCUCCUCGAGGCAGCCCUACGCCAUCAAGCUCGUGGAGACGUCGGCCACGGAGGGCCGCGAGGCGUGCGCCUGCGAGCUGGCGGUGCUGCGCCGGGUUCGGCACCCAAACGUCGUGCAACUCAUUGAGGUGCUCGAGACGCCGACGCGCACCUACCUGGUGAUGGAGCUCGCCACGGGCGGGGAGCUCUUCGACCGCAUCCUCGCGCGCGGCUCCUUCACGGAGCGCGACGCGGCGAGGGCCUUGUCCAUGCUGCUCGAGGGGGCGCGCUACCUGCACGCGCUGGGCAUCGCCCACCGCGACCUCCGGCCCGAGAACUUGCUCUACUAUCACCCGGGCGCGGACUCGCGCCUCUUCAUCACGGACUUCGGCCUCGCGGGCAACGUGCGAGCGGGGCAGGGCCACGGGCAGGGCCAGGGGCGAGGGCACGAGGAGGACGGGGACGGGCUGGGGCCGUCCGUGCGGACCGCGUGCGGGACGCCCGAGUACACGCCCCCCGAGGUGCUGAGUCGGCGCGGCGCGUUUACGCAGGCGGUGGACAUGUGGGCCAUCGGCGUGAUCUCUUACAUCCUGCUCAGCGGGACCAUGCCCUUCGAGGAGGAGACGAAGAGCCGCCUCUUCAGGGCCAUCCUGCGCGGCAAGUACAGCUACAUUGGCGAGCCUUGGCCCAGCGUCUCCAACGUGGCCAAGGACUUCGUCGACGGCUUGCUGAAGGUGGAGCCGACCGAGCGCCUCUCGGCCGCCCAGGCGCUGCGUCACCCGUGGGUGGCCUGCGCCGUGUCGCCCUCCUCCGUCUCGUCCUCGACGUCCGCCACGGACGAUCACGCCGCCGCGUCCACCACCACCGCCGCCACCGCCGCGGUCAACCCCUCGCCCGCGGUCGGCUGCCGUCCAGCGGCGUCGUCCGCGUCGUCCGCGUCGUCCCACCGCAACCUGCAGCGCUCCAUCUCGCAGAACCUCGCGCAGAGGCGCGCCGCCGGCUCGCGGGCUCACAGCUCGCGGUCCGCCGCCUCGGGGCGGUCUCGGGGCGGCGGCGGAGGGGUCGUGAUGAUGGGUCGACACCACCACUCGCGAUAUGUGCAGCAGCAGCAGGAGGUGGAGCAAUAUUGAUUGGACGCAGCGUUGCCGGAAGACACUCUGGCGUCGGGCAUUCGUAGCGACGGGCAACAGCAUCGGGAAAACCAGCAGCGGCAGCAGCAACAGCAACAAUAACAACAAUAACAGCAACAACAGCAGCAACAACAAUAACAGCAACAACAAUGACAGCAACAACAAUAACAGCAACAACAGCAACAACAUCACCAACAACAAUAACAGCAACAACAACAACAGCAACAACAACAACAUUACCAAAAGCCAACGAGACCAUCAGCGGCUGCUACAGCUGCAGCAGAGGGGGGCAUUUGGCACCACUUAGAAGCAGAAGCGACAGCGACAUGAGCAGCAGCAGCAACGUUCUCGUGUGGCAACAGCAGCAGCAGCAGCAUCAGCAGCAGCAACGUUCUCGUGUGGCAACAGCAGCAGCAGCAACGUUCUCGUGUGGCAACAGCAGCAGCAGCAACGUUCUCGUGUGGCAACAGCAGCAGCAGCACGAGCAGCAGCAACGUUCUCGUGUGGCAACAGCAGCAGCAGCAUCAGCAGCAGCAGCACGAGCAGCAGCAACGUUCUCGUGUGACAACAGCAGCAGCAGCAGCAACGUUCUCGUGUGGCAACAGCAGCAGCAGCAACGUUCUCGUGUGGCAACAGCAGCAGCAGCAGCAACGUUCUCGUGUGGCAACAGCAGCAGCAGCAGCAACGUUCUCGUGUGG